AUGGGCCAGGAUCAGAGUCAAUCAGAUAGCUGUGACACUUAUGAUUUAUCGAAAAUAGAAGGGUUUCAGGUGGCCCGUCUUCUGCCCCAGAGCCCUGCACACCAGGCUGGUCUCGUAUCAUAUUUUGAUAUAAUCGUUGCACUUGACCACCAGAAUCUUAAGCAAGGUGAUACAUCACCCUUGUCUUUCUUCAAAAAAUACAUAUCUGAUCACGCGGGACACCCCAUAUGCCUUACGGUGUUCAACCUGCGUCUCCGUAGCUAUCGAGAGGUGUACUUCAUUUCAAACUCGGAAUGGGUUGGGGGAGGCCUACUGGGCUGCAGUAUCCAGUGGACCCACGCUGAUGAGGCCUUAAAGCAGAGCUGGCACAUAACGGAUAUUUUGGAAAAUAGCCCCGCGGCAUUUUGCCCAGAUCUGCAUGCAAACAGUGUCUACAUUAUUGGAAUGCAGGAUACGAACGAGCAAAUUAUUUCUUUAUUCAAAAAUGAAGACGACCUUUAUGAAUGGUUCAGCCUUUGGCAGGAUUUUCGGCGCGAGGAAGAGGCUAGAGGUAAUAGUUCCUCGAAUGAACCGUCAAGAAACAGACACAGUAUUCUGUUCCUGAUCUACGAUAUCGAGGAGAACAGCGUGAAGGAGGUGGUUGUGGACAUGGGUACUGAUUAUGAGGCCCCGAUCGGGUUCACUCUGUCUUCAGGGCUAUUACACCUGAUCCCUGCAAUGGAGGACGGCGAUGUUGGCAACCUACCAACGAUGAACCAAUUUUUCUUACCCCAGGAUUUAGCCUUUGAGACGGACUACCCUCCGGGUGCCGACUUGAAGAAGGUUUCACUGACCCCUACGGCUACUAUGCAGGUAGAGUCUGAGGUGGAAAGUCGUCCUCUGUCGCAGCACACCGCCCAUACGGCGCCACCCCGUGAUACUUCUUCGGGGAACCCAGAAAGUGACGAGGUUCAGAAAGGGUUUUUAGAGCUUGGCGGGUCGCCCAAGCAAGGGGGUUCGAUCGGCUCGAUUCCGCCUCCGCCAUUGCAGCCAUUAUCGGCGCCAGGCAACUCCUCCGUGCCGCUGCCACCUUCUCCUACGCAGCUCCAGGUGUCCUCUAGAGAUUUCUCUGAGUUUAAGGAUCAGCACCAACCCACGCGCUUGGCGGCUCCGACGUGUGGGGGCUCGACUUCUCUCCCCCAGUCCACUUUAGAGACGCCACAGGCGCCCAUUUCUCAAGCCCAACGAGACCAGGAACGAUUCGGUUAUGUGGUGGCUCCAGAUGUCAGGCCCGUGGUGGGGGGCAAUUUCGAGCCAGGUCCGAAUCCGUUUGACCUCCCAGGAAUUCCGUCUCCAUUAGAAUUUCCUUUAUUUUCUAAUCCCUUACCAGCACCUUUUUCCUCGAACAAAUAA